UGUCGCUGUUGUUGUCCGGCGUGGGACAAGCGCACCGACAAGACCCCGCAAGUGUCGCCGUGCACGUUUCUGUCCCAUUUGAAGAGUUGCGUUUUACUCUUAACGCACUUCGAGGCCAUGAACAGGUCGCGAUGAUGAGCCGAUCCGGGCCUUAGUUCUCUCGGCUGGGCUCAGAUGAAUGUUUGCGAGUGAAUGAGACGCCGUCCGCAGCAGUGGAACAAAGGCGUCCUCCUCCCUGGCUGGACCUCACCAUUGUUUGAGCCGGAGCGAGGGCGCCUCUUUCCCCGAGUGGUCCGAAGGGGCGCCCCGUGUUCCAGUCAUGACCGCCGGGAAUGCCAACACAAACAGCAGCCGAUACAGAGGAGAGAGCAAGCCGGCCCAGACUCUAGUUAAAUCCCACAUCCUGACCCAUUUAAUCGAGGGCUUUGUUAUCCAGGAGGGUGCUGAGCCUUUCCCCGUGGAACGUCCAUCUUUCUCAGUUGAUUGCCUCAGAACACACACGUCUGACUCCAGAAUGAACGGACUUUCGUCAAAGGAUUUAAAGACUCACCAAGAGCCCAUGCUUACCUGUGAGCUUUGUGGCAAGGUGGACUUUGCGUACAUCUUCAAAAGGUCCAAGAGGUUCUGUUCGACACUAUGUGGUAAAAGGUACAAUGUAGGAUGCACAAAAAGAAUGGGUCUCUUCCCAAACCGCAAAUCUACUACCGAGGACAUGAAGAAACAAAGAGGACUGAAUGAAAACAACAAAAACUCCAGUUUGGAGUCAAAAGACAAGACACCUUCCUGCGUGCAGAAGUCUGCCGGUCAUGUGACUCAGCCUGCACAGGGAGAAUCCAGCCAAUGUUCGGACUUGCCCAGCUGUAAUCCAGACCCGCUCCCUCCCUCGGCCCACCAGUGGGGGCCUCGGGCGCGAGGCGCUGAAGUCCCGAGAGAACCCAGCCAGUGGAACGUGGACGACGUUUACGUUUUCAUAUGCUCUCUGCCAGGUUGUCUGGAGAUCGCGGAAGGCUUUCGUUCGCAAGAGAUCGACGGUCAAGCUCUGCUCCUGCUCAAGGAGGACCAUCUCGUGGGGGCCAUGAACAUCAAACUGGGCCCCGCGCUCAAGAUCGCUGCCCAGAUUGGCAUCCUCAAAGACUUGUAGCGCAUCUCUCACGCAUGCAUUUUUGUAUUUCAUCUCUGGCGCAGGGAACGAGUCAAAACGUUACAUUGCGCGUAAUACUGCGCGUGGGUACUUUCAAGACGUCUGUCUUCUUUGUUUCACAGUAGUUAAAAGGGUAGUCACCUUCUCGUUAAAAAACUAGUCAUGAGCUGCAGCGGUUUUUGGUCCUUCCAACAAAAUGCAGAACAGUUUGGGUUUUUCUAGAAAGAGAAAGUGAGAAGCAAAGGUUUGCGUUGAUCAGUUGCAGAGUUUUUUGUGUGGUUUAGUUGGGUGACAGACCCGCAAUCCCUCACUGAGUCUUUUAUACAUUAGCACAGCGAUUAGCCAAUUGCAUUCUUGCAAAUCCUCGUGUGUGUGUGUGUGUGUGUGUGUGUGUGGUUCACUUCCAGAAGAAUCUGUAAGGUUCUGAUGUUGAUUAGGGCUUUAGUUUUACGUUUAAGACCGAAAAGGUAGACUGGAGAUCGCAAUUAUCAUUGGCUCCAUGCUUCAGGUAUGGUUUUUUUGCCAAAAAUGACCACCACAUCCCAUAAAGCAAUGCAAAUGCCAUUGUGUGUGUGUGUUUUUUUUUUUUUUUGGGGGGGGGGUUCAACAUUUGCACUCCAGAAAGGGCUAAAAUGCUUACAAUUAAUAUGUCAUUAUAAAUUCUGUUUUCAACUAUUUCUACGUUGCAUGGGGUUUAUUUAAUUAACAGUAAAAAAAUCAGUUAAAUGUAACUAUUCUGGAUUCAAUUAUUUUAAUUCAUUUCAACGGGAAUCAUAACCUGUUUGCAAAAUUUUAAAUUUGGGAACAGGGUGAUGGAACAAAUUAUAUUUGUAAAGCGUGGUUUCAUUGUAUUCUACUGUCAGGUCAUACAGACAGUCAUGUGUAUAUAUAUUUUUUUUAUUUGCAUACUUCACCUUUAAAUACGUUGUCACUAUUCAUACAGCAAUCUAGAAUUGAAACUU